UUGAGAUAGAUAGAUUGAUAGUACUAUUUUUAUUUUGACAUGGCGUGGUCUUCUAAGAAACGGAUAAAAUUUGUAUCUCAUAUCGCAUCUCGAAUUUAUUUUCUUAUUAUUAUUUUGCAGGUUCCUCUUUUCAGAUUCCGAUGCAAAAUUGGCACAUGCAAAACACCUAUAGAAGUCACAUUAUAUCAACUAUUUGGCAGUGAAAUCCUCCCUGCAGCUAUGGUAAAGCCACUUCUCUAUCCAGGAGCCAUGGCAAAAGCUCUUGUCAACAAGAAGCCCAUCCCAAGCUAUGACAACUUUCUCCAUAUCCAUAACUUCAUCAACUCCAAACAAACCCUUCCAACAUUGGGCCUCAAUCAUCUAGAGAUUUUGGCAGGGAGUUACUUGUGUGUUGCUGGGGCAGUCUUGGGUGUGAUUAAGAAGUCAGGGAGGCUUAGCCUCUUUGGGUUGCUGCUUAUCAUUUGGGGUGUCAAGAAACAAGCAAUCUUUGGCAAAGAUGCUUCAACAAGUGUGUUAAUAUUCCCAGCAAUGUUUGUUGCUUUGGUUUCUGCUUUCUUUUCAAUCAGAAAGGAUGUGAGAAAGCUCUUCCUCACACUUGGAAUCUUUAGUAAAAGAAAGCACAAAUACACUUGAUCUUACUUUUUUUUAAAAAAAACACUUGAUCU